AAUUCAUUCAUACCCAGAAGCCUCUUACUUCCUCUCUCUGCAACUUGGAUCACCAUGUACCGCUUCGCCUCUAACCUCGCCUCCAAAGCCAGGUUGGCUAAGACCAGUGGCCAGCAGAUUGGUAGCAGAAUAAGUUGGAGAAGGAACUAUGCUGCCAAGGAUAUUAAAUUCGGUGUCGAAGCCCGAUCAUUGAUGCUCAGGGGUGUGGAAGAGCUUGCCGAUGCCGUUAAAGUCACAAUGGGGCCAAAAGGACGCAAUGUUGUUCUGGAGCAAAGCUAUGGAGCCCCUAAGGUGACAAAGGAUGGUGUCACCGUAGCAAAGAGCAUCGAGUUCAAAGACAAAGUCAAGAACAUUGGUGCUAGUCUUGUAAAACAGGUGGCAAAUGCUACAAAUGAUGCUGCAGGCGAUGGUACCACUUGUGCAACAGUUCUCACCCGUGCCAUAUUUACUGAAGGAUGCAAGUCAGUUGCAGCUGGAAUGAAUGCCAUGGACCUAAGACGGGGCAUCACAAUGGCAGUUGAUUGUGUUGUGACAAACUUGAAGAGUAGGGCUCGGAUGAUCAGCACAUCUGAGGAAAUAGCACAGGUUGGCACAAUAUCAGCUAAUGGUGACCGAGAAAUUGGUGAGCUAAUAGCUAAGGCUAUGGAGAAAGUCGGCAAAGAAGGUGUUAUCACCAUAUCUGAUGGAAAAACACUCGAUAAUGAAUUGGAGGUUGUUGAAGGAAUGAAGCUGGACAGGGGUUAUAUAUCCCCUUACUUCAUCACCAAUCAGAAGAACCAAAAAUGUGAAUUAGAAGAUGCACUUGUCUUAAUCUACGAAAAGAAAAUCUCAAAUCUAAAUGCUGUAGUGAAAAUAUUGGAGCUGGCAUUGAAGAAACAAAGGCCUCUGCUGAUUGUUGCUGAAGAUUUUGAAAGUGAAGCGCUUGCUACACUCAUUUUAAACAAGCUUCGUGCUGGAAUUAAGGUCUGUGCAAUUAAAGCUCCCGGAUUUGGAGAGAACAGGAAGGCAAAUUUGCAGGACAUAAGCGUUCUUACUGGAGGCGAGGUGAUAACUGAAGAGCUUGGUCUAAACCUCGAAAAAGUAACACCAGAGAUGCUUGGAACAUGCAAAAGGAUUACAGUAUCCAAGGAUGACACCGUUAUUCUUGAUGGGGCUGGUGACAAGAAAGCUAUUGAAGAAAGAUGUGAACAGUUAAGAUCAUCAAUUGAAUUAAGUACUUCGGACUACGACAAGGAGAAGCUACAAGAGCGUCUGGCGAAGCUUUCUGGUGGAGUUGCUGUUUUAAAGAUUGGUGGUGCCAGUGAAACAGAAGUUGGUGAAAAGAAGGACAGAGUUACUGAUGCUCUGAAUGCCACCAAGGCUGCCGUAGAGGAAGGAAUUGUACCCGGUGGUGGUGCAGCACUUCUGUAUGCCUCUAAAGAACUGGACAAGUUACAAACUGCAAACUUUGAUCAAAAGAUUGGUGUGCAGAUCAUUCAGAAUGCUCUUAAGAUGCCUGUAUACACAAUUGCUUCUAAUGCUGGAGUGGAGGGGGCAGUUGUUGUUGGCAAGCUAUUGGAGCAGGACAAUCCUGACCUUGGAUAUGAUGCAGCAAAGGGUGAAUAUGUAGAUAUGAUAAAGGCCGGGAUCAUUGAUCCCCUAAAAGUCAUCAGAACUGCCUUGGUAGAUGCUGCAAGUGUCUCCUCCUUAAUGACUACUACUGAGGCCGUUGUUGUCUCGCUCCCAGAGAAGGAAGCCCCUGCAGUGGGAGCUGGCAUGGGAGGAAUGGGAGGAAUGGAUUACUAGAAGUUCAGUAGUUGGAUCUGCUAGAGCCUCUGCUGCUAAUAGUCUAUCCUCUUUAUACUGACUCCUCGAAUUCCUUUUUUUCUUUUUCCCGAUGGUAUUGUUGGAGGCCAAACAUGAAUGUAAUCAUAGUGAGAUGAGGUUUUAAUCUGUAGGAGGAAUGUAGUGCUAUUAAUUAGUCAGGCAAGAGAUUUUGUUCUCCUCACAUUAGACUUGAGAAAAUUCAUAUUUCCAGAAAACCUUGGUGUGAUUGGUGAACAAUGAUAGUACAAAAACUGAAAUAAUCUGUGGGACAAUGAACAUGGAAAUUCCUCAAUUUCUUCUGUAUU